AUCCGACCCACCGCCGCAUGCCCACCCCCAACCCUCAGGCGCGUCCCGGGCCAUCGCCGUUCCUCGUCGCUACCCUGCUGUCCCCGCCCCGGACGCGAUAUUUGGCGAUUUGAUUUUGAGGCUGGAAAGAUGAAGAUUAAGCGAGGUGGAGGCGUUCGCAAAAGAAGCUCGUAUAAAAAACAAAAGACCAGACCAGAGUCGGAUGUGUAAUGUUUUGCACGCACGAUCGAUUUAUGCAGGAAUUUCGCAUCCCCACAACCCUUUCGAAGAGGAAUUCGGCAGCUCGAGUGGUUCUGGCCAAGGUGUCUGGACGGAACUCAGUGAAGAAGUUGCCUCAAACUUAGCAAAUACUGUGGUAUCCCUCGCGUCAUUCAGUGAAGGAAACACAAUGUUCUUUGCAUGUUCGGGCAUAAUUAUCAAAAAUGAUCCGGAUACUCAGAUUACGAGCUUUCUAACCUCGUUAAGUUUGGUUAGAUCUACCGAAGACGACAGCAAGCUCUUUCAGAAUAUGAAGAUUCAAGUGCGCCUUCCAGAUGACCAAGUUGAGCUUGGCUGGUUGAACUUCUAUGAUUUACAACACAAUCUCGCAGUUAUCAACAUACCUCGCUUCCACACUCUUCGAGUGGCGCGUCUAGAUAAUCAGCGGCAAUUUGAGUGCCAUAGCAAAGUAGUUGCUGUAGGACGUUGCUUCAACUCAGGAAAAUUAAUGGCCACAUCUGGGAUGUUAACUGACAAUCCAAGCCAAGAUUACCGCGAGGAGCUUGCAAUCUCCACAUGUGAAAUUACCAUGACUGGAGUUGGAGGGCCCCUCAUUAAUUUUGAUGGGGACUUCAUUGGGAUGAACUUUUAUACUGAGAAAGAGACUCCAUUUCUACCAAGGAAUAUAAUUCUUGAACUCCUCAAGCAGUUUAGCGAAAGAAUCCCGUCCUGGGCUAAGAAAGGACCUGGUAGUACGGUCAAAAGAUUUCCCAUACCUCGCAGCUUAAGGGGGGGAGAGAAAAAAAAGGACCAGAAACCUUCCAUAUGUACUCUCUGUGAUCCAGAAUGUCAACCAGGACUGAAGGAUCAAAUACUAAACUGUAAAUGUUUUCAUGCUCGAUGGCCAUAUUCAUCUGCUCAUGUCGGCAGGCGUUUGGUUAAUAGUUUUGAAGAGGAAUUCAGUGAAAUUAUCUUGAGCGAGCUCCAAAAAGAAGUUGUUUCAAAUAUGUCUCAAAGUGUUGUAGCACUGGCUUCAUUCAUUGGAGGAAAAAUGUGUUUUGCUUGCACGGGCGUAGUUAUAGAAUGCAAUGAGUCUACCACAAGAGUUCUGACCUCGGCAAGUUUGGUUAGAACUUCUGUUAUUGAAAACAAGGUUGCUGAUAACUUGAAGAUUAUAGUGUGUCUUCCAGAUAAUCGAAUUAUUCGAGGGACUUUGCAACAUAUUAGCCCAAACUAUAACAUUGCCGUUGUCGACAUCACAGGUUUCUGCUGUACUCGGGCAGCACGAAUGAGUGAUCAGGUGCAACUUAAACCUCAUGGGGAGGUAGUAGCUUUAGGGCGCGUCUACAGUUCAUGUAAAUUAAUGGCCACAAGUGGGGUAGUGACUAGCAAGCCAAGUGAGCUUAAUUGCAAAGAUCUUGUGAUCUCUACUUGCAAAAUCACCAAGGCUGGAAUUGGAGGGCCUCUUAUCGAUUUUGAUGGGAACUUUAUUGGCAUGAACUUCUAUGGCUUGGAAGAAACUCCAUACAUACCAAUGAAUAUAAUUCUGGAAUUCUUGGGGAGUUUCGGUGCACAAAGGACUAUUGCUAUUGACGAUCAUACCCUAAACAGAUGGCCCGUACCUAAGCCAUUUUGGUGUUAUCCGACAUGGCAUCUGUCUGAGGAAGAAAUUGAUGUAGACGAGUUUGUAGCCGACAUGAAUGUCCCCUUUUGAUGAAUUGUAGCUGUAUUCUUUUGGAUAUAAAACGGAGCUCGCUGAUUCAAAAUGAAGUUGAAAUCAGCUGAAUUUUUACUGGCAGGACUAGGUGCGCUGAACAUAAGUGCGCUGCAUGAUGUGUGUGGCAUGUACCUCCGUUCUUUUUUGAUCAAUGCGCAGUGUAGCCCGUGCAUGCACAUAUUGUACCUGCUGCGGGCUAGAUUUAUUCGGACCGUAGGUAGUAUAGAAAGCAAUGGUUUCUAUUUCUUGCUUGGCACUUUGACCAUGCACAUGGUAAAUGUGGUUUGUGACCACUGACAAUUUCAGAUGGCAUUUUAUUCAAUCAGCAAAAAGAGCAAAGGAAGUCAAAUGCUCUUAAA